UUCGAACAGAUCUGAUCACUGCCAUGAAGCUCCCUGAGUCCUACCAGCUAAACGUGGAUGAGUACUACAUUCUAGCUGACCAGUGGCGACAGGAAUGGGAAAAAGGUGUUCAGGUGCCAGCUAAUACGGAAUCAAUCCCUGAACCAGUGGUGAGGGUUUUACCAGAAUUUGAGAAAACACUUUUUACUCCACAAGAACAAGUGUUGGACACUCUAACUGGCUCUGAGUCUGGCUAUGUGGACAUGAAGUUGCCUUCCAGGAGUACAUGUCGCUAUGACCUUGAUGAGGUUGAUGUCUACUGGUUGGAACUGGUGAAUGCAGAAUUUCAAGGAGCAGGAAUGCUUGAAGUUGAUGAACUGAUGAUGGAAAGGAUCAUUGAGGAGCUAGAAAGUCAGUGCCAAGAGAAUAUGAACCUGGCAAUUGAGACAGAAGAGGGUCUCGGGAUUGAAUACGAUGAGGAUGUGGUGUGUGAUGUCUGCCGUUCCCCAGAGGGAGAAGAUGGUAAUGAGAUGGUUUUCUGUGACAAAUGCAAUAUCUGCGUUCACCAGGCAUGUUAUGGAAUCUUGAAAGUGCCCCUUGGCAGCUGGUUGUGUCGAACAUGUGCCCUGGGGGUUCAGCCGAAGUGUUUGCUGUGUCCCAAGAGAGGAGGUGCUUUGAAGCCAACACGCAGUGGCACAAAGUGGGUCCAUGUUAGCUGUGCCUUAUGGAUACCUGAAGUAAGUAUAGGUUGCCCUGAGAAGAUGGAACCCAUUACAAAGGUGUCACACAUUCCUGCUAGCAGAUGGGCUCUGUCUUGUAGCCUUUGCAGUGAACGGACUGGAACGUGUAUUCAGUGCUCAAUGGCUUCCUGUAUAACAGCAUUCCAUGUGACAUGUGCAUUUGACCAUAAUUUGGAAAUGAGGACUAUUCUUGCAGAGAAUGAUGAAGUCAAGUUUAAGUCCUAUUGCCUGGAUCACAGCAGCACUAUCACCAAUUCCUGCAGCAAACGGGACGAAGCCAUGAGCAAAUUGAACGAUACACGGCAGCUCUCCACAACCCCUGAAGGGAUGGUGGAGGUGAAUCAGAGUGAGUGUGACCUGGAGAAAGCGAGCCUGAGGAAACAGAAGCUGCAACAACUUGAGGAGGAGUUCUAUGAACUAGUAAAUCCUGCCGAUGUGGCCCAGCAGCUGCAGGUGUCUGAUGUCCUGGUGGAUUUUUUCUAUCAGUACUGGAGACUCAAGAGAAAGUCAAAUUUCAACAAACCGCUGCUGGCUCCAAAAACCGAUGAAGUGGAUAAUCUCGCCCAGCAAGAACAGGACAUCUUAUACCGACGACUGCGGCUCUUCACACAUCUUCGACAAGAUUUGGAGAGGGUUAGGAAUUUGUGCUACAUGGUGACGCGGAGAGAGAAAAUGAAACAAUCAGUCUGUAGACUUCAGGAGCAAAUAUUUCACCAUCAGACCAAACUGAUAGAAGAAGAUCUACAUCGAGGAUACUCUGGGAAAAAAACAAAAGGAAAACUGAGUGACCCAAAGGAGCGUGGGAAGAACAGAUCGAAGGGCAGUAUCGAGAAGAAAGGCAAGUUAAAGAGUGAAACGCGGUCCUUACUGAAACAACUUGGUUUGUCAUCCUCCAUUUCUUUGGAUGGGGAACUUCUGCAGAAUUGGUUGGCCCAGACUGUUCAGGUUAAGACAGAAAACCUCCUGAGCCAUUGGUCUUUGCACAGUGGAGCAGGAAAUGAAGAGGCACCAAGUUUCCUGUCAGAUAAACUUCUUCAUGACGAGCAGUCAUUACUUAGCAUCGGUUCAGUGAACCGUGCCAGCGAUCCUCAGUCAGAACCAUCCUACGCACUGGAAAAGAAAUCCAGGUACAAAGCAGGAGAAGACAGCAAGCCUAAAUCCCUACAAGAUUGCACAGGCAUCAUUCACACCAAGAAUCAACAAAAGAAACAGCUGAACUGUCCACUAGAUUGCACGUCCUGGUGUGAUAACUCCGCUGAACUUUCUACGCAGGGCAGUUACACCAAUGGGUCAAAGGGACCAGCGUCAAAAGCCAAUGGAAGUCACAAAAGGGCCAACGAUAUGCGAAAGAUCAGCAAAAAGCAGGCCUCACAGCAUUCCAGUUCUAAAGCAGCUCUCCCCAGUACGUCCCCAAUAAGGAAUAUCACUCACAUUGGUGAAAUGUUGGACUACUUUGAACCUGCUUCAUCUAAACCCAGUUCUUCAGUUAAAGUGCCUAAUGCAUCCACAAACCCUAAAUCUUGGGUAACUUUCAAGAUUCCAAAACCAAGAGAAAGCAGGAAGUCACAAGUGCAGAAGCAGGAUCUGGGCAACAAAUAUCAGCAGCUGAGCCCAGACAGAGAAAAAAAGUCCAAAGAGACAACAAAAAUGAAGCAACUCUUCGACAACGAGACUGAUGGCUAUUUUUCUGAUGCUGAAAUGAGUGACUCGGACACAGAAUCUAUGGCAAAUAGGUCACAAAGGCUUCAGCGCUUGAAUUCAGAAAGCGUGGUGGUACACCGAAAAUGUGGUGGAGAGGUUGUCAGAAGGAGCAUUCUAGCUUCCUGAGUAUCCAGGGUAACUGGAUAAAAAAGUCAGGUGGCUCAAUUCCAAUUACAACUCAUGCGCUCAUCUCUGCUGGUCAUCUGACCCUUGAAAUGCUUUCUGUGCAAGUUCUGACUUAGUGGUUAAAGAUUCAGUGUCACUGCCUCUCUUCAUUCUCUCCCCUACAGCUGCCAGCCUAACAAGAUCAUGUAGUGAACUUUUAAAAUUCUAGUCAGUAAAAGCCCUUUGGAACAGUAGGUCAUUCAACUUGUAAUAAGCCAGCAUGCAAUCAAAGUAACUAACCAUGCUAUAUAGUGUGUGGUUUAUACCUUGGUGAUCCAUGAAAUAAUAAUUUCAUGAUUCCAGAGUGCCAGUUAUUUGAUGCCCUAUAACUUCAGGCAUUGUAUCACUGUCUUCUUUAUUCUCCUCCUGUAUUGUGCUUCUUCUACCCAAUUCCUGCACGACAGUAGGAAAAGAAACCAUAAUUAAAAAACAGAUGAAACUAUACACUAUAUAUUAUAAAGCUAACUGGUUGACAGUAAGUUUAAGGCAGUGAUUCAGUCUUUGAAAGAAUUCAUAAACCCUUCAAGCUUUAGUCUUGAGAUUUGUGGCAUCAUCCAGAGUUGUUGAUUGAAUUGCUGCCUCAUAACUCAGCACCAGCCAUCUGUUAUCCUACACUUAAUGUAGAAACAUUUGCCGAGUUUAGUUUCUGGUUCUGCACUGUCAUAAAGUCACAGGAGGCUAAACAGUCACCCUAUUUACUAUUUUGGGGGCAAGAUCAUUGCUCUAUCCAGGUUGGCAAUCCGUCUGCAUCAUGUUGACACAUGAGCAAUCUGUUGGCAGACGUCACUCUCCUGUGAUUAAGAUUUUGAAUAAGAAAAACAAAGCUACUCUUCGGUGAUGGUGAUGACAACAAGCAAGCAGAAAAACAAAAAUGACUAGAAUUUUGUGGCAUUUAUCUUCUACUAAAAAUAAAGCACAAAAUGCACUUUUUAGAAGUCUGUCACAACGAAGGAUGUGCUGACUUCAUAGGCCGUUCAAGAGUUGCAAAGCAAAAGGGACUUUUUUUUGUACUUUUAGAGACUUUAGGAAGUAGCCAGAUGCUAAAAAGGAAGCUACAGCAGUAUCAGUUAUAAAGUAUACUGGAGUCAUACCCAGUAACACAGUUUAUAUUGCUCUAGGUAUGUUAUAGACAGUUACACACUAUUAUAAUGUAGAAGUGUAACACCCUACAACUCAUUUGAGUACAUACCCAGUAACAAUGCAUAGGCUUUGAAAUUGUGCCAUUGAGUAUAAAUGUUUGAAAUUCAUCUCUCCACUAUUUUAACAGACAAAUUGGCCUAUUUAAACAGGUGAACACUUCCACUAAAGUAGUGAGAGAAAUUUCAAACAAACAUGAACAUUCAUACUCAGAUAUCCCAAGGCAUGACUUCUGGGCCCAAAACAUUAUAUGUAACACACAACAUAUACAGCUAAACAGGAGUAUAAUAAUGAUGAAUUAUUAGGGAAAACUAUGACUCAGCCUGCUUGGCAGUAAUGGCAGUAUCAUGGAGUUAGAAUUGCUGUGGCCCACUCAUUGUUCUAAAAAGGAUUUUGGCCAGCAGCCUCAUUAGUGUAUGCAAAAUGGGAUCUUAUGAUGUACUUAGGACCUCAGUACAAUUCAGAGGGCUGGCUCGUUAGAGUGUACUCUAACCAAAUUCAACCCAGUUGAGUUGUGUGGAAGAGGAAGAUGCUCCAAAAAUAACUAACAUUGUUUUAUUGGCCCAGGGGAGGCAGGAGUGCUACUCGGGGAUCCACUAGAAUAAUGUGGACCUCUGCCACUUCAGCCAUUUUUCAGAUCCCCAACCCGAUUCCUUCCAGAUCUCCCUGCCUGUUGACCUCCAAGAUUACUAAUCCUACACAGGGUUGCAGCAUGGGUGUCCAUUUGGGGAAUGAAACUGACUAGCAGCAAGGCAAUGAGCCCUUCACUGGAUCUUGCCUCUCACCAGCAGAAUGCUGGCCGCACAUUUUUGCCUGGAAUUAUGAUCAACCCUAGUCUAUAACAGAGGUCUGUUAUGUCUUGGUCACACAUUGCUUUACACAAGUGAAUACAGCAUCUAAAACAAUAUCUACUAUAUAUUACAUCAUUCAGGUGUGUUCUGUCCAGUAAUAUGCAGUAUUAUAGUGUAUGCAGGAGUGUUAAACCCCUGUAGAACAGUUUGUUGAAUGUAAAAUAAUUUUGCAUUGCUUAAUAUCAGGGUGUAUUACUUGGUAAAACAUUUUCAAGUAUCAAACUUUCUAAAGCUAUUUUAAUGCCAUGUUCAGCAUCAGCACCGAAUUCACUAAUGUACAUUUAAAGGAUGUAUUGGGUAAGUGAAAGCUAAAUCCAAAGGACAUAUCUCAAUAUUCCAUACUUCCGCCUUUCAAAAGACAAUGUACAUAGAUUACAACACUGAUUUUCAGUAGUAACAUUAACUGGCGGGGGUCAGUUUCCAUAUAUGUAUGCUAAAGACAUCCAGCUCUACCUCUACACUGUUUCUCUCAGUCCCACUACCGCCUCUGUGCUUCCAGAUUUGUCUGCCUGACAUCAAGCUGUGAAUGAGAUGUCUGUGAAGUAAACACUUGGAAGUCAACAGUUCCAGCCCUCACCAGGCUUGCAUCAUUAUCAUUGACUUUACUUUCCUCCUUGGCCACUUAUUCCAUCAGAAUUUAGCUGUUCAUCUACUGCAAUCACUGGCUCAAUUCCAUCUCAUUUUUUUAACCACAGAACUGUUGCCCACCUGUGACUUUGUUUCCUUUAAUGUCUUCCUCACUGACAUAUUAAACUCUAGCUGAUCUAAAAAUGUCACCAUAUAUCCCACAUUAAAAGCUAAAGUUGCUAUAGUCCUACCAGAUUAUAAGAAUGCUCUCUCAUUAGAGAGAGAUGCCUGAUCACCAUGCCUCAAGCAAGGGGAGAGGUUGAGAAGGAAAGUCCUUCAUGAUAAGCUUAUCUACUGCAUAAUCCAUAUCAUUGAUAAUAUUCUCUAUUGCAAACCAGCCAUCCAGCCAACUGAGCAAACCAAUUGGAUCUGCUGGUAUUCCAUUGAGGUUACUUUUCAGCAAGCAUGAUGAAACCUUGCUUACGCACAUAAUUGGAAGUUGUAGAACAUCUCCUGUGAAGCCGUGUGAACAAAACAGUUAGAGGAAUUUCCCAAUUUCUGUCUCACUUAACCAUCAUUUUUUCCAUGCUGGCCUAUAGUGAAUCCAGUCAGUAAGUGUUUAAAAUGUAAAGUCUUGGUGAUUUGUCAACAAUCCUAUUAAGGCCUCGUACCACUCCAUCUCCCAGACCCUUAAACUCGCCCAUUCUGGCUUUUUUGAUUAACCCCUCCAUAUAACUUACCGUUAGUGCCAAGGCCAUCAGCUAACUCAAUGUUAUUCUUCAGAACUUCCUCCCUAAUGUAUUACAUUAAACAGAUGACUUAAUCUUUAGGCAGUAAGAUUAAAGUAUUUGUGUUGAAUGAAAGUUGUAUAUAGAUUGCUAUUAGUACCCAAAGAUAUGACCAUUUCAAAUUUCAACUGUGACAGUCUUUAAACUUUACAACCACAAUCAAGUUUGUGGUAAGUUCAAAGAAGGCUUAUCAGAUGACCACUCACACUUAUAUUAUAAGCUAAAAGAUCAUUUUGUUUCUCGGGAAGCUUUCAGCCACUUAAAAAAUAAGUUGGAGGCAAGAUAAAGUUUAGUCCCUCAUUCCUUAAACUUGUUAGUCAUUGAAUGUGUUACUAAUGGUUCAGGUUAACUUUUUAAAAUUUUUUGCUAAUGAUACAUUACCUUGCACAGAACACUUCUGUGAUAGGAAUUUCUUGUCAACAAAGGAAGUCCUUACAAAAAGAACUUCCUGAUAACAUUGGUACUUACUGAAAACUCACAGGAUGUGUUGUUAACCAGAGAUAUCUACACCAAAGUUACAGCACUUCUGGCCAAUAAGUAGCAACUAUGACUGAAAACCUAAUUUGAGAUGAGGUUUGCUUGUGGUUUCUUAAGCACCUGCAGCCUUGUCAUAUGGGCCUGAAAUAGCACGUGACUGUGAUGAUUAAUUCAGAUUCGCGGUGAUCAGAACUUCAAAGGACUCCAUUAAAAUGCACAAUUUAGAUUGUGCUGUCUGUCCACUGUGAUGCACUAAAUCUCAAGUUAAAUAAGGUCUGUAUAUUCAUAAGGCCAGCAAAACUACAGUUUCAUUUUUGCCUUCACUGCCAGUAUGGAACAAUUCUGGGUUAGAUCUGCUGCAGUUUAGGGCUUACUCUGGGUUUCUCAGUAUUGUGCUAUACUGAAACCUUGAGUACCAUGUCUUUCUACUCCUCCUGCACCAAAUAACAUAAUUUGUUUAAAAUGGUCUUAAUCCUGAGCCUGUUUCAAAAAUGCAUUUCCAUCAAACUUGCCAGAAAAAAUACAACUUAAAAUUGAGACAAAUGAUAAAGCAAGAUUCAUUGAUCUAACUGGUUCUAUAAAAUCACAGUUGCUAUUUCUUGCCUUGAAGUAAACUACCAACAGUUGUUGACUCUAUUGCAUUGUCUUAGUAUUCCUCUCAUAUGGGUCAGUAUGUUAGAUAGCUGCAUAAUUUCACUGAGUUCUCUCUAAAAUAAUUGGGAUGCUUCUGUUAACAGCCAUCAGCUCCUUUCCCUGGUAUAAAUAACUUUGGCUGGGAAGGCAGUAUAAAUUAUAUAUUGGUAUCUGUUCUCUUUAAGAGGUUCCUUGUUUGGAAAACUGAGGAAUCUGCACCUGUGUUUUGCUUCAUUAUGUGCCAAAAGCAAAUAGAAAUGCAGUCAGGCUAGAAGAUCCGUGACUGUCCAUAAAAGGAAGCCUCAUCUUCCCAGUUUUGCUGCUGUCUGGCCAUCCCAUUUAGUUUAGGGUGAUUCCUGUAUAACUGUCAUGUGAUGUUGUGAAGACGAUCAGCAUCCCCCCCAAAUAUGCUUCUGUACCAAUGACAUUACUUCAACAAAAGGUAACUCAUAGUUCAUGAGAAGUUUACCAUUCUGUCUUACUGAUAUGUCACGUGUGUCGAGUCUUUUAGCUCAUAAACAUUCAAACACAUGUGAAAAUGACACCAAAUAAAGGAAAGUUCAGAUGAACAACAUAAAAUGUUGAGUUCCCGCAGCGACUGACCCAUGCCAAGACUAUUGUAAGAAUCUGUUUACAUCAAGACCAGCAUCUUUCACAAUUUAGUAACAGUGACCUUGAGCAUGGAUGUCUCACAGGUCUUUGAGUGGGUUAUGUGGUACAUUUCUGUAUGAUUUGGUAGUAAGCCACACAGACUUGGAAAGUUCCAGGUUUGAAUCCCUGCUGAUCUUGGCCUGAGUUGUCAUUAGCCAGUAGUGUCUCCGAGCAAGAAAAAAAGAAUGAAAAUAUCUGGAUGUGUUAUUCCUGACUGGUGUCUGAUGGGUUUAAAUAUGUGAGAUUAGAGUUUAGCAGUCUAGCCUUAUCCUUAGCCUAUCCAUAGUACUCACUACACUCUCAGGUCACGUAUGUGAAUUGGUUAUUUGGUGUGGCCUCUGGUAGUUGAUUCCUCAUUUCGAGUCAUUUUCUUCGGAAGAGGAGGGAAGGAAAAAAGGGCCAUUGGUAUUAUCCGUGUCCUUAGCACAUAUCAUUGGUUUGAAAAAAGACUUACUGUUCCUGCACUUUGACUUUAAUCAUGCAUAACUUCAAAGAGACACCUGAUGAUGACUAUAUAUUGGCAUUUGUUGCUGAUAAUUGCAACGAUUAGAGUAUGGAUUGGAGUCUCUGAACUCCUCAAAAAUUGAGGGUGUUUCAGUUAUUGUCACACUAAUAACUAAAUGUAACAAGGGACUGGAAUCUCUCAUUUAUUUUGAUGCUUUGCUUCAUUACAUUACCACUUGAGGCAGUCUGGAAAGAAUGGAACACACUGAACCUGGGUCUGCAAACUGAAUCCUUAGAAUCAAAGACUAGCACAAUCUUAUCAAGAGCACUGUUAAUUUAAGGAAAAUGCAAUUGGAAACAUUUGUUCCUCUCAAGUCACUUUAACAGUAAAAGUAAUUAAAUUGAAUUUUUUUGUUAAAAGGUUAGGAAGAGCCUUCACUUAGUAAAACAGAAAACGCUUGUCAUUCCCUUUGUAAUCUAUCAGCUCCUCAGCAAUUCCCAUCUAAUGAAUCAUUUUGGAUGUAAUGAAGUCAUCAAUCAGUGAAUAUUUAUUUGCCUUGGCCCAUACUCAAUAAUGUCCUUAAGACAUAUGUGAUGCAUUUUUUUCAAAAAAGCUAUUUGGUUAAACCAUCAGAGAAGUAAAUGUCACUUCAUUGUAAGCAUACAAUAUCAGAUCCCAGGAGCCUAGUUUCCCUGCAUUAAACACAGCCUGUAUUCCUGAGAGGAAAAGGGCCUCCUCCCUGAUUUCUGCUGAUGUUGCUAUGAGUUCAUUACAACUGGAUACAUGGAAAUAACCCACACAUGACUGGCCCUCUGGUAUUCUCAAUUCAUCUCCUCAGGGAAGACCGUUGGCCUUUUCCCCAGAUAGUCAAUUUUGGAGCAAACAAAAUUGUUCCUCACAGUCAUCGAAUUGUGCUGUGCUCUUUUAAUGCCAUUUUGCACCUAAACGAUUCUUGUUUUUAUAAGUAACCAUCUUUUAUGUACAUGUCAUUAGAAACAAGUGUGUUAAACUACAAUCUCAGCCUGGAAUGUGUGCACAGCUCACUAAUUGGUUAUCAUAUAGUUGAACUAAUUACCAGCUAGCCUAUUGAUACUGCACAAUGUUAGUGAGAAGUUCAAUAUUAAAUUUGCUUUGUUUUUCUGUCAAUGUUGUUUGUGCUCCACUCUGAAUCCCAUUAUCACAUACAGUGAUCAUUCUUCCGACUGCUGCAAUCUGAAACUGUCAGUAGAUAUUACGUGGCUUGUGCUUGUAAACCCAAGAAAACAGUUGGCGGAGAGGAAAAAGCACGGUGAUUGUGGAAAAAUCACAGGCUAAUUUAAACUCCUGUAGAGUGCAUGUGUACCAACUGUGAAAUUGUUUAUUAAGUCUUCAACAAUGGUUUUUCACAACAUGUCCCAAUACAUUUUGCCCAGAUCUAUUUGCCCAGGUAGUCCUGGGCAGAACCAUAAGACAGCCUAAAAACAAAAUAAAAACAGCCUAAGUGUGUCUGAGUUAAAUGAUAUUCAUUGAUACCUUACAGUUUAUAUUAUUUUAGACUUCUCAAUUCAUUGCUUUUUCCAUUUCCUUUCAUUUGUUCUGUACCUUCCUCAACAGAAUAAUCUUUAUCUCUUAAGAUAAAGUUGUGUGUUUAUUAGUAAAACGUACAAAAUCCUGAUCAAUUUAUCAUGCUAGAUAUUAAUCUCUCCAUUUUUAAAAUCUAUCAAUGGGUUUCCAACCAUAGGCUUUGAGUUAAUAAUUUUGGAAAAAACUUUUAACAACUUGAUGUAGAAGUCAUUCAUCCAUAUUUCCUUGUAGAGUAAAAUUGGUGAAAUGUAUACCAAGAUUAGAAGCAUACAAUUGGAACAAUUGCUUUAGUCAAAGAUUGAUUCAUGUUUUAUUAACCUCUUGUCAAGAUAGGAAUAAAAGUAUGCAGCUGGAUUUAAUCAGUGAGUUGGGCUGGUAGAAGCAUGAGUUGAUUAAGUUUUUCAAAAACCUAUCAAGGAUUCUGAGCCUACAAAAAUCCUGUUUAUGGUACCACUGAAGACAAAAUGGUAGAUAAAUUUUGGAGUAAAUACCUCAGCUUCUUGAAUUGUACUCUUAUAAACAUUCAGGAUUCUCAUAAUAUGCUAAUUGACAAAUACAUUGUGUAAUUUAUCAAAAUGACUUUUGAAUGUGGCUUUUAUAUAUAGCAAAGCCAAGUUCUGUUAUAGACCCAUUAAUAUGCACUCACAGUUAGAUGUUACAGACAGACAAUGUUCUCAUAAGUAAUGAGCAUGUUCCAAGGUAAUGCUCUGAAUUAGAGAAGUAAUGAGAAAUAUAUAAUUCAAAGGAUAUAUGUAGAGAUGCCUUAGCAAUAAUGACAUAUAUAUGCCCUGUGUUGGCACACCUCCCCAUUCUUCCCCAUGCAGCCUCUGUAGUCUAAAAUGGGUAGUGGAGCUCCAUCAACAUUUACAGACAUUAUGUAACCAAAAGCCCAAAUAUUUAAAUCUAAAAAGAGAAAAUGAAUGAUGUCUAUUGCAGACCAAAGCUGAAUAACUCUCUGCUUGUGAAGGGAGUGUCUUAAUACAACUAAACAGACAUAAACCAUAGUAAAAGGGAAAGUGUGUGGCAGUUUUAGAACUAGUUGCUUGUCAGGUUGUUAGUCUGUGGAAUGGCCUAACUUAUUGGUAGUGGAGUUGAGAUACGGGACUGUGUGCACGAACAAGGAGGGCAAGAAAAAGAGAGAUUUUGGAAUCUGAUGUGUUAGCAUAGAAUUUGUGCUUCACACUAACGUUUAAAUUAAGCAAGAUCUGUGUCAGAGUGACUACACCAAGCAAAAGUAACUUUCUUGGAGCAGCUCAACUGCCCUGUAUAGUUAUCCCAUCCAGCUCAGAUCUAGGCACCCUCUGCAAUUUCUCAAAAUCAUUAAGGUACAGAGAAGAAUUACAGUGUUUGCAAGAAGUCUAUUUCAUAAGUCUCUGUAAUGCACAGAAUGAUGAACAUUCAAGAACAUAAAUUUGGCUCUAAUCAGGAGCUUUAUAUUGGUUUGUGUGUAGAGUGACAAAUUCUGGGAGUAAGUUGUGACCAAUGGUCUAACUGAGUGAAUCAGACAGCUGUAUGUGUGUAGUAGUGUAUUAAAAUGAGGGUAUUAUGGCACAGUGGUAAAGUCCAGAAGUAUGGGUUCGAGUCCCACUUGCCCCACAGAUCUGAACAGGUUAAUUAUUCUAAAGUCAGUAACAUAUUUGGAGUGCAUUACAGACCAGAAUCUGAUUCAGUGAUUCCUGUUGAUUUUCAUGUUUAAUCAGCAGGCAUCCAGGAGGUUAUCACUGGCGCAGGAGUUUGUUAAUAAGCUGAGCAUGUAAAACUUUCACCUGACUCCACUUGAUGAAAUUCUAGCCUUGAAGUUGUUCCUGAUCUGUUAAUUGUGUUUUUAAAGAUUGUGCUGUUUUACUUUUAGUAGGAGAUGAGAUAAUUUGUGCAUUUUACUUUUGAACUGAUAAAUCUGAGUUGCAGAUACUAUCAACUAUUGCUGACAACUCAGGAUUGUGAAGGUAUUACUGCAUUUUACUGGAAAAUAACUUGCAACUAAUGAAUUCUAAGACCCAUGUAAUACGUAUGGAAAAAAAGCAACAAUACUUUCUCAAGAAGAGGUAUCCAGUGUGUCUAACAUUGUGGUUCAUAUAAAUUUCCAGUUGUAGGAUACAUAGACUAGUAUAAAUAAUUCACACACCAUCAUUGAUUUGGAGUCAUUGCACAAGCUUAUUGAAUGGUCAGCUCAUGACCAAUACUAACAAGUUGAAGAAACUGAUGAAAUUAUAGAUGUUUCAGAAUGGAUAUUCUGCUCCAGUUUCUCAAAAGGAGUCACAUUCAGACUCUGUAGAUUACCUGUGCUUGCUGUAUCAAUGUAAAGGGCAUAUAGAUUCGGUAAUGUAGUGUAUACAGAGAUAUAGACAACAUUUGAAAAAACAGCUUUCCAUAUUCAGGUUUUGUUAGACUGUAGCAACAGUAUGUACCAUAGGAAGUCCAGACCUUACUAAACACACUGCCUUUUACCAGUGCUUGUUUCAAUGUGCUUAAACAGUUAACAAAAUAUAUACAUAUACGCUGUUUGCUGAUACUGUAUUCCAAUCCUAGACCAUACUGCCUGCUGAGUAGUUUCUUCCAUCAUAUGUACUCAUUACAGAAACUGCAAAAGAAAGGAAUCUUGUCUGUUGUCCGAAUUAAGUUGCUGUCUGCGCUGUAUGUAAAAUAUUAAAAUUCAGUGUGAGCUCUUGGGGAGGUCACACAAUUAUGGCAAGCAGGGGACCGAGUAUGUCUUUUGUUUCAAGGAAAAGUGAUGUGCCAUUUGUUAAUAAAGAGAAUAAUGGAGAUGAUAUAUAUAAAGAAGAAAUGCUAUUUUAAAUUAUUUUUGGCUUUUUUUUUGCAAUAUUUAUUUUCUUGUAUUAGAGUACUUAUAAAUCCUUUGUAGAGAAGAAAUGUAUUUUCCAUUAGUGCAAAAGGAAUCGUAUAAACUGCAGACUUAUUAAUCUUUUGUACAUUUUCCAUGUCAGCGACCUUUAAAGCAAUAUGAUGUAUCAGAAGUUGUGUACUUUGUGUAACUGCAUUGCUGUUAAUGUUGACUUGGAAUUGCUAAGUUCUCUAAUUGUCCAAUUUUUGAUAUCAAUUGGAGCAUAAGUUGCAGUUCAGAGUCUUGAGAGAGAGAGAGAGGAAGAGACCCUCGACAGACACUGGAACAUCUUGUACAGAAGGAGACUGUGCAGAGAGGGACUCUAUACACAAAGAGAAAGAAAUCGCUGAUUAAUGAGUUUGAUAACUUGGCAUUUGUCAGAUCAUUGGCAGCAUACAAUCAAUAAAGCAGUGUUUUACAAGUAAA